AUGUCUGGCGACAGCAAGGAUUUGCCCCUGCGGCAGGGGACGCAGUCUAGCGUCUUGAGCGACGAUGCUGUUCCUGAGACGGAUCCCAAUAGCACCGCCGGCCUCCUUGCCGAGAGGCUGCAGGCAUGGAAGCAUGCCGUUGUCUACCUCGAGGAGUACAUGACCGCCGUGGAGAAGAUCCACAAGGAGCAGGCUAAGGAGUAUGAGAAAGUCCUGAAGAGCAUCUCCAAGCCCUUGAGGGAAGGUCAUCACUUCGAUCAGAGUCUGGGCGGUGUGGCUGGCUUCUUUGAGAACAUGCGAUCGAACACGCAGGCCUUGAUCAACACGAAUGCGGAAACGGAGAAGAGCAUAAAGGGUUCUGUUCUCCCCGUGCUCGAGCGGCUGCACAAGGAGAUCAAGCACAAGGCCAAGGAGCUUGCCCAUGGCGCACAGAAGGGCGCCAAGGAUGUUGAUAAGGCGCGCAACACUACGCAGAAGUUUAUCGAACUCCUGGGUCAGCAGACAGCAUCUUUUGAAUCUACUGGAGGCAAGAUGUCCGCCACUGAUGACCCAUAUGUUGUCCACCGAGGAGUCUUGCACCGCUUGAACAAGCAGGUCAUUGAGGAGAACAACCAUCGCAACGAUCUCAUUGCUGUGCAGAACAACUUCCAGGAGUUCGAGGCUCAUGUCAUUGGAGUCAUGCAGCAGGCCAUGGAGGCUUUCAACCAGUUUGCAGGCGGUCAAGCGGAGAAAACCCGCGCUCUGUACUCUGAUAUGUUGGGAGCAGUACAGCGUGUGCCCCCUGAUUUCGAGUGGAAGGGGUUCAUGACACGCAGCGGUGAUAGACUCAUCAACCCUAACGACCCUCCACGCACCAUCGAAGCUAUCUCCUUCCCGAACCAGCAGCACAGCGCAACGAAGCCGCUCAUUGAGGGCAGUCUAGAGCGCAAGUCCAGAAACAAGCUGUCAUGGGGCUACUCGACUGGAUACUACGUCGUCACUCCUUCCAAGUUCCUGCACGAGUUCAAGGACUCAGACUACGCUCGCAAGGACCCUGUUCCAGAGCUCUCACUCUAUCUCCCGGACGCCGUUAUCGGUUCGCCCAACGGUGACAAGUUUAACGUCAAGGGCAAGGACAAAUCCAAAUCCUUCAGCAGCAAGCUGUCGGGCAGCUCAGAGCUGUCAUUCAAGGCUCACACCGCUGCCGAUGCAGAACGCUGGUUCCAAGUCAUCAAGGGUGUUGCAGGCGCAACUGGGCCUGCUGCCCCAGAUAGCGUGCCAACUUCACCUGGCACAGAGGGUGAGGCUCCGCUAAUGAACGAGGCCGUUGAGGAGGGCAAGGUCCCACAACUAGCCACCGGUCAGGAAGCCGGUAUCACUGGAGGCGACACAGUGGCAAGCCCGACGGUGGUUUCGCCUGUCGAUGCCAAAGAUCAUGCCGCCCCGGCUUCCGGAACCACGGCCCCCGCCGCUGCGGAGACGAAACCUACAGCUUAA